GAAAUGAGCCUCCACGCGGUUGCACAGACGGACGCCUUCAAUUGCCGCAUCGCUACAGCCGUGCACGCGAGCGAGGCGUGGAAGGCGCUGCGCCCCGCUCGGCUGUACGACGCCCAAGCGGACGAGCUGUUCGAGCUUAUGCAGGAGGGGUACCUCCGUCGCAUCGAUCGGCUGCUGCGGCACGGCGCGAGGGCACCCGGCGUCAACAUGCGCAACCGUGUUGGCAUGAGCGUGCUGCACGCCGUCUGCUUCUACAGACGUGACAUGGUUGUUGCUGACGGCGGCGACUCCGGCGUCGUCGACCUCGUGCCGCACUUUGUCGAGCGCGGCGCCGAUGUCAACGCCGCGACAAUCGGCGGCAUCACGCCGCUGAUGAUGCUCGUCUACGAGCGCUCGCACCUUGCGGAGAUGUUCGACCUUGAGCAAGGCGCGGUCGUCAAGAAGAAGAUGCUCGAGGCGCUGCUAGCUGCCGGCGCCGACCCCAACCUGCGCGCGGGCAUAGGGCCUAAAGCGGACAUCUUCUGCAACGGCGCGCUGUCGGGCAAGACCGCCCUCGAGAUUGCGCGCGCCGGCAAGUACCCGGCCGUCGCCGCCUUCAUCGAGGCCAAGAUGGCGGAGCCUGUGUCAUGAGAUGGUGUGGUGGUGGUGGAGCGCACGUGAAAAAUGAACUUAAUGCUU